CUUUUUUCUCCUUUGUUGUAUUGAAUUAUAGCUUUGACCAUGUUCAUCGGUGUCAUAGGUGCACAAUGUAGUGGAAAACAUACUGUUAGCAACUAUUUUGUUGAAGAACAUGGUUUCUCGUUUCUUUAUAUAAAACCAAGACAAUCCUCACAACCUUCUCUUUAUGACAACGGAAUACAGUUUGCCACUUUGGACGAAAUGCAACAAUACGUAACUGAACGCUGGCGAGAUCAUUUUAUUACCUGCGAUAUUGAUACCCAUGGUAUUUGGGACUUGAAAAAGAGACCCUUUUUCCUUCUUGUUUCUUUGAAUGCACCUAUCUUUAUGCGUUAUCAACGAAGUAUGGAAAGAGGUGACGAUAUACAAGAUCUUGAAACAUUUAUAAAAAACGAUGACCGAACGUUAUUCAAGAUAUCAAGUAUGGAUGAAGAAAUUAAUCAAGGUACACCUCUUCAAACUUUGAUGACUCUUUCUGAUGUAACUAUCACCAAUGCAUUCAAGGAUAUUUGCUCUUUAUAUACUUCACUGAAACAAUACGAUUUACUCAAUAUGGAACGUCUACGACCAUCAUGGGAUACUUACUUUAUGCAUUUAUCUGAUUUGGCAGCUAGAAGAUCUAACUGUAUGAAACGACGAGUAGGUUGUAUCUUGGUAAAGGAUUCUAGAGUAAUUGCUACUGGAUAUAAUGGAACGCCAAGAGGACUUCGAAAUUGUAAUGAAGGAGGUUGUCAACGAUGUAAUGAAGCUAGCCCUUGUGGAACUGGAUUAGAUCGUUGUCUAUGUAUGCAUGCUGAAGAAAAUGCUUUAUUGGAAGCUGGUCGUGGAAGAGUGGAUUUUAGUAAUGGGAUUGUAUUGUAUUGUAAUACUUGUCCAUGUUUAGGAUGUGCAAUCAAAAUUGUUCAACAAGGAAUCAAAGAAGUUGUAUAUUCGAAAUCUUAUGGUAUGGACGAAAUGACAGCGAAGGUGUUUACAGAAGCAAAGGUGAAACUUCGACAACAUAGUCCUCCAAGUAUGAAGUUAGAAGCAGAAUUAGAUACUGUUGGAAUAGAUGAUCGAUUAAUAGGGCAAUUGGGUUGGGUUUAGUGAUAGAACAUGAUCGUUAAUGUUAUGAUUACAACUUAUUAUUGUUUUGAAAUAUAUAUAUAUAUAUAUAUAUAAAGGGAACUUUUUUUUUUUUUUUCCUUUUU